GGUGUCAGUAGUUUCCAGUUGUCAGUCCAUGACUGGCUUUGGAGGUGUGUGUGUCGGUUGUUCUAGUUCUGUGUGAUGUAAUCAUUCCGAUGUCCACUUCUUUCUUUAUAUUAAGCUUUUAAAACACCAAUACAAAAUCAAAAGUGGGCAUAUGCACGUGGCCACGAUAAAAUGUUACUAUUUUUUCAUAAUUUUUGAAUAAACGAUUACAGUGUCUUGUGUGAAGUACCUUUUCUUACAAAUGAAAUAAAAGUGGAGUACAAGGAUAUAUGUGUAAAGUGACUAGUAUAUUUUUUGGAGCCACGUACACGACACCAGAGAACAGCUGAAGGUGACAAUGAUGCCUCAACAACAGGAUGCAAUAGUGCUAGCAAAUCCUCAGAACUGCGUGGCGCGCGCCCUUUAUGAUAACAUCGCCGAGUCACCGGAUGAGUUGGCCUUCCGGAAGGGAGACACGCUCACAGUGCUGGAGCAGAACACGGGUGGCAUCGAGGGUUGGUGGCUCUGCUCAUUGCGAGGGAGGCAGGGCAUCUGCCCCGGGAACAGACUGCGCCUCCUGGCGGGUGUAUACGACACGGGGCAGCAGCUUCUGUCCGAAAACCCUGAGCUGCUGGAGCUGAACACGUUGCAGCGUCAGGGGAAGAGACGCAGUUGGCAUGCGCAGCCCAACAAGGUUCUAACACCCCAGAAAUUUGGUGAUGUGUACCUGUAUGAUUUACCACCAAAUAGAAACAUUUCAAAUCAAGGCAGAUAUGACAUACCACCUACAGCACAUAUUUCAGUAAUAGAUGGAAAUCAAGGUCGAUACUCAGUCCCUCCAUCACGUUCAUCUGGGUCUGGUGACACCCCAUUAGAUACUAGUGGAGGAAGUGAAUCAUAUGACAUUCCUCCUCGAGCCACUCCAGUACCUGCCAACUAUGACACACCAAAAUCAUGUUGGCGCACUUCCCCUGCGCCCCCUGGUCGUAGGGACUCGACAGACAGCUAUGAUGUGCCACGACCACUGGGCACUGCACCAGCUGGAGGGAAUGUGUUGCUGCUACAACAGCAACAGCAGCUGACACCCAGCAGCUCUGCCAGCUCACUCACUGCAGACUCAAUGUCCAGUUCAAAUAGAUCCAGCCUUGCUCUUGCACCAGAAUAUGAUGUGCCUCGGCCUACAAGGGGUGGACCCCAACUACAGCUUCAUCAGAUACAGCAGCAGCUCUAUGAUGUGCCAGCAUCAAACCCCACACCACGUGAACUUCCACUGGAGCUUAACUCGGCCCUUGAUUCCUUGGCUCGGCUGCAAAGUGAAGCCACUGCUGCCAUCUCCAAGCUGCUAGCAUAUGCGGGACCUCAGUGGCGCUGUAAGGAACGACUUGAACCAAAAUUAAUGGAUAUCAAGUUAGCUGUGGUAAGACUUCGAACAUCUCUGCAUGACCUUGCUGAAUUUGGAGAAGGGGCAUUAGGAAAUGCAGGAAGAGCACCAGAUAAAGGACUAGCAGUGAAGUUACGACCCUUAGUAAAGGCACUUAGAGAUGCAGACAGGCUUGUUCAAGAGGCAGCUGUGACACUAGAUGGCUUGGAGUGGUCAAUUGAUGCUCUGUCUCGUCCAGAAGAAGACCAUGCAGAGGGAAGACAAAUGGCAUCUCAACCACCUGAUGCUCUUGAUCAACUUGUUGCAUGUGCAAGGGCACUGACAGAAGAUGUGCGCCAAACAGCAUCUUUCAUUCAAGGCAACUCUACACUACUCUUCAAGCGGGCUUCUACACCUCCUGGAAACAACAAUGAAUGGCUUGAGGACUAUGACUAUGUCAAUUUAGAAUCUAGAGAAAGUGUGGCCCAGCAACAUGCAGAGAUCCGUGAUGCUCUUCCUGCAGAACUUCGGAAAUCUUAUGAUGUACUUGUGAAAGAGGCAGAGUCAGCUGCUGUCAUAAGUGAACCAAAAGCAGCAUCAGGUGAUGGUGAACUUGACCCAAAUGAUCGGCAGGUACUGACUUUCUAUGCAGCACAAACGGUAACUUACACCACACAUUUAACUCAUGCAAUUGAUGCAUUCCUUCAGACUGUUGAGCACAAUCAGCCUCCUAAAGUAUUCCUUGCACAUGGUAAGUUUGUAGUUCUGAGUGCACACAGACUAGUCCACAUUGGUGACACUGUGCAUCGUAAUGUGGUGCGAUCUGAAGUAAGGGCAAGAGUACUGCAGUGUGCAAAUGCCUUGUCAGAAGCUCUGGCAGCCACGGUACACAAGACCAAGAAAGCAGCACUUCAGUUUCCAAGUGUCACUGCAGUGCAGGAGAUGGUGGACUCUGUUGUGGACAUUUCCCAUCUUGCGAGGGACCUAAAGCUCAGUAUGAUUCAAGCUGCACAGCAGCCCACUGUCAUGCAAUAGGAAACAGCAGAGCAUGUGUGUCUACUUAACAUCGAUUUUAAUGCCUAACUCAUAUAGAAAAUCAGUACAUUCCACAUCAAACUGCUGCCACAUCUAGUGAAAUAAAAAGCCAACACAUUGCCAUAAAAAGUGGGUGAUGAAUUUUACGUGACAUCGCCAGUCUUUUAUAUAGUUGAAAGUGCUUGCUUUCCAACUCAGUAAUCGGAUAGAUGAUUUAAUAUACAGACCUACACAAAGGCACGUAGUACAACAAAUAGUUAAUUUUCUUGCGCUUGUCAUUAUCAAAACAUACAGCUACUGAAAACAAUCUUGCAGAUUGCUUUCCAUCUUAGUUUUGUUUAGAUAUUUUACAAUAACCCUGCUGAUAUGUAAACAAAAAAGUCUUCAUAUAUCAGCUUACAAUUAAUAUCACCUGAAAUGUAUUUCAUGAAAUAGAUGGCAGGUUACUUACACCUUUUUAACCAAAAGAAAUUAAGACAGAAUUGCUCCUUUCAUCAAUAACAUAUUUUAUGACCUAUAAAAAAGUUGGGAAAAACAGUUAAAAGAAUGAGCUCUGACACGAUCCCAAAAAGGUGACAAGUUCCAGUUUUUUUAACACUUAUAAACAGACCAGCUACACCUAACACUGGGAAGGAUGUCAACAGGUGAUUAUAAAAUCUCUGCCUAGUGAAAUGAUUGUGCUUUCUUUAUCUUUAAAGGGAUUCUCAAACCUCCCCACACCAUUAACCUUUUGAUUCAUAUAUUUCGUGCCAUCUUCUGGUCCCUGAGGAGUGAGGUUUUCCACAUUACCACAAUUUAAGUAAAUACAAAUUUUGUCCACCAUUCAUCAAAAUUAUUGUCAUCACAUGAUUUAAAAUUCAGAUGAAUUUAACCGAAUUUGUGUAUUAUGUUCAUGCCUCCAUAGCUGAUGUUCUUUUAUUUGGUUCAUAAUCUGAAAAUACAGCCUUAAAUUAAUAAUUCCAACCAAAAGUAAGAGCAUUAUGAUGGAUGUCCAAGAAUAAAAUAAAUGUAAAUAUAUGUGUACCCUGGCUAAAGUAGUUAGGACAUACAUGUACUUUCAUACUUUUCUGAGCUCACUUUCAACUUGCAUGUAAAUGUAUGUUAAACCAGAUAUAAGUUUCCAUUUCUGUCCUGUGACACGUGAUAUCUGCAAGGCUGUUCUCCAGUGACACUUGUAAACACAAACAUAGGAGCCCUUAAAUAGAAGCGUAGCAAAAGGUAACGAGUUUAACAAACAUUAUUUUCACCUUAUAUAAAGCAGCAAUAUAAAAUUACAUCAGAAGAGAGUUUCUUCAUGAGUGAACAAUGUUAUGGGUUGUGAUCUAUUAUAUGUAGCUCAAAUAUAAUUUAUGCACAUAAUGCAUAACUUAAAAUAUAAGUUCCUUAUAGAUGUGAGUGUACAGUUUCUGGCAUGUCUGAGUAUAAAUGUUUCUGUGGUAUGUAUCUCCCGAACAAGGGGUUUAACUGUAUGUUGGUAAAAGUGUGGAUCAAUGGGAAUAAAGAAGUGUAAAUUUUUA